AUGGAAGAAAAAGCGCUGCAGACACACAUCACGCUGUUGUUUUACCUGAUUGUCCUCUUCUACCUCAAGAAUUUCACCUUUAGCUUUAUGGACAUGCCGAGGAAGCUAUACAGAUACAUCAAAUUCUAUUACUUCUUUCUGAUUAUCCUCACGAUUGUUGGCUUCUUUAGCAGACUGCUUGUCUUGACUAGGCUGAUUCUUAUUCAGCAGGUGCAGAAAAUCUUGAAUCAUUUUUUUCUCGAUAAUCGGGCCCAUCGCUUGAGGAAUAGUAAACGAAGUGGGAGAUUUAGGAGGCUUCACAGGAACGGUGCCCGUGCUAUAUCGGGUAAUGGGCUCGUUGGGGGUAGCGGUGUGAGGGGCAAGUUUGACCGAAAGGAGGACUGCAGCGGUGACGUUUCGGUUAGCAGUGAUGGUGGGGCUGGGAGUGACCGUUUAGUUAGUAGUGAUGGUGGGAUCGGAAGCGACUGUGUCGUUAGAAGCGAUGGAUGGGCUAGCAGCGAUGGAGGGGUCAGCAGAGGGGUUAGCAGCGAAGGAGGGGUUAGCAGCGAAGGAGGGGUCAGUAGUGAUCGAGGAGUCCUCAGCGAUGGAAGCAGAAGCAAAGGUGCACGCGGUAGAAGGCGAGGCAGCAGAGGUCUGCGCAGCUUCCUCAAGUUCAUUCGAAUCCUCCGCACCAGUAAGAGGAAGUCUGCUGAUGGCGGGAAGAGACACAGAAGUGUUGAUCCCCCCCAUGAGGCAGAAGACAUCACCACCUCAAGUGACAAAAUCAAAUUUGACAUGAAUGCCGCCGAACGCCGUGAAGACUAUCCGAGUGAUGACUGCACCCCCAGUACCGGGUCAAGUGUGUCCGAGGGAGACUCAAGCAGUGUUAGGAGCGAAGUUCGCAGUGAAGCAGGAAGUCAAGCGAGUGACGGACAGCAAACCAGUGCCGACACGUUACAACAGCAGGAGGAGAAGCUGAAGGGGCAGCACCCGGGGGAGCAGCAAGACCCCUACCUACACAGCUACCUCACGAAGCAAAACUACCUCCGAUUGUAUACCCUCCUGACGGAUGCUCUUUUUAGCCAAAAGAAUAAUCUCACCAUAAUGGGUGACUCGUCUGAGAUGGGUCUCCAAAGGAAGACACGCAAAUGUCCCCACUGCAAAAGUGAAGUGAACUCUCCAGAGGAAGAUAGACCUAGUGGGAUCGUUGGGGGUUAUUGCGUCACUUGCAUAAGGCUCGGAAGGACAUUCCCUAAGCCUAUAUUAAAGAAGAGCUCCUGCUCCUGCGCCCCCGCUAAGGAAGAUAAUACAGAAAAAAGCAAAGCAACCAAACGAAUUCGAUUCAACGCAGAAGUAGAAACCUACUACAUAGAGAAGUAUCUCGGAGAAGACUCAGAUGUCUAUGGAAUGCGGUUCGGUGGUGACAAGCGGAAAGGUAUGGGUAAGAUGUUUGGAGAAUACCACGUGGCCAAUUCGGACAUCUUCAGGUACUACAAUAUGCGCAACAGUUUGAACAACGUUUUUAGUGACCUGGUUAAUUUGGUCUCCGAUUGCAAGGAGAAGAUUGUACGCAGGUUUUAG